CUGCACAUGUUAACGUUAUGUAUUCACACAUACAGUGAGAGGCCUGCCAGGCUGCUCCUAAAUGCAUGUUAACGUUAUUUGUUGUUUAGCAUUAAUUCAAAACAUACCAACUACUCAAACAAGAAGCUCCUAUAUCCCAAAGAAAUCCCCACACGCUUCAUAUAAUAGGAUCAGUUGGUUUUACCAUUAUUGUAGUUUUUGAGUUUUUACCGGUCAACAUUUUCAUGGGGAAGAUUGGAGGGGGCUCGUGGUUGACUGCAGUCAAGAGGGCUUUCAGGUCUCCUACCAAGACUGAGAGAAGCAACACCAGAAGGAGAGAAGAACUACACGAGCAAGAGGAUCAUGAAGAAAAGAAGAGAGGAAAACGCAGAUGGAUUUUUAGGAAGCCUGUGAGUCAGGAAACAGUUAUACAUGUACAACACAGUGAAGCAAGAAGCUUAAGUCCUACCACCUCUGCCGAUGCCAGAGCCACCACUCAAACCGCAACUAUGGCAGCUCAUCAUGAGGCUUCUGCUGAUGCUCUUGCCAUGGCCGUGGCCACGACAGCAGUUGCCACAGUGCAAGCAGCAGUGGAAGCUGUUCGUUUAACUAAGUCUAAUUGCAGGCCUUCCAUUUUCGUUAGAGACUAUGCUGCCAUUGUUAUUCAGACUGCCUUCAGAGGAUAUCUGGCGAGAAGAGCUCUUCGGGCGCUCAAGGGGCUGGUGAAGCUUCAAGCACUGGUGAGAGGCCACAAUGUUAGAAAGAGGGCAAAGAUGACUCUACAAUGCAUGCAAGCUCUGGUUCGAGUGCAAGCUCGGGUUCUUGACCAACGGACAAAGAGGCUUUCAUAUGAAGGCAGCGCAGAUUCCAUUUUUAGUGAUCCCAAUAGCUUAUGGGGAUCACAUUUCUCAGACAGGAGGGAGUCCAUUUCAAAAGAUGAAGAGAGCGGCACCGUAGAUGAUCUGAUCCAUUGGGAUGAUGUCCACCCAAAGACAUUAGAGCAAAUUCAGGCCAUGCUACACAAAACAAAACAAGCUGCCUUGAAACGUGAAAGAAGUACCAUUUCUUGUGCCUUCUCUAACCAGAAAUGGAAAACCGGCAGUGGUGACCAAGAUGUUGGUCAUGAGCAUGAGGAGCUAGAAGAAAAAUUUAAUUUGCUUGAUGGGUGGACAAGAAGAAAGCAAUGUGAGAAUUUUGCAGGCAGAGCUUCAUGUGAUCAGCAAAGAGACCCCAUCAAAACCGUUGAAAUGGACACUUCUCGACCUUACUCUUAUUCAAGUACCCCCAAUUCCAAAAGAGCAGAUCAUCAAUAUAAUUUUCAGAGCCAGCUGCACUACCACCAACAACAACAAAGAGUGCCUCUGACUCCUCAGUCAUAUGAUCCAGUUGCCUCUGCUUUACAUCUAGGCCAGACAAGUCCCUCCCUCCAAUCACCAAUCACACCAUUUGCAUCCAUCCCAAGAAAUCUUCAAGUGCACUCAGCUAGUCCUCGUUGCAGUGUUAGAGUUAGAGGAGAUCAGAGGAACCAUCCAACGCCUCCACAUACACCCAACUCCAACUUAGGCUCCACUAAUUACAACAAUGGGUUUGUGGGAGUGAUGAGUGGUUCUGAAGUGCCAAACUACAUGGCUGCCACAGCAUCAGCCAAGGCUCGGCUUCGGUCACAGAGCGCACCAAGGCAAAGGCAUUCAACGCAUGACAGAGAGAAGCGAGGGUCUGCAAGAAAACGCUUGUCGUUCCCAGUUCCUGACAAUGGCGCUUCAGAUUGUAACUUGAAGAGCCCAAGGUAUAACAACAACAUGAACGGAGGCCAUGCUGUUCGACUGGAGCAUAGGGCUAGUAUGUCUUCUUGUUUUACAGAUGGAGAGACAUCUCCAACUUCCAGUGGUGAUCUCAAAAGGUACUGGUUGAGGUAAGAACCACAUGCAAUGACAGUAUGAUAAUAUGAUUAGGUGAGUGAUUAGAGGAACAACUAACUAACUUUUAAUUCACUGGAUCUUGUUCAAUUAGUCUUUCAAUCCAAUAAAGUUAUCUUCUGUUGAGUUUCAA